AUGCCACUGGGGAAAAGACUUCGCUCUUCCUCAGCUUCUGGAAGAUUAGAGACCCAACAUGUGACAAGCCUCCUCUCUGAAUUGAGGGGUUCAGGGGAGAGGAUGAGAAACACCUCUGCAGAUGACUUCUCAGCACCAAGACGAGUGAGUGAGGGCAACAAAGAGCGGCCUGAAUGGCUGAUGCGAGAGCUGCUGAAACAGAAUGGGCGAAGGCACUCUGUCACACUCGGAGAUAACACUGCAAUCAUGAGACAACAACAUUGCAGUAUUGAUUCGAUUCGCAAACUCUGCAGCCUCGAGCACUCAGACUUUAUGAACUGCCUGGCAGAUGAGACGAUAUCACUUGACAACCUCCAGAAUCUGAGACUAGCAUUUGAGGACUUUGAAACGGGUGGCUUGAGAUGCAUUGAUGCGAAGAACUUUGGACAUAUAGUGAUGAAGUGUUUGGGUUUGCCUAACACGAGCAAUGCACAGAUUCAAGGGUUAUUUAAGAAGAUUGAUUAUUCAGGCCAAGGAAGGAUUUCAUGGGGUCAGUUCUGCACACACAUGCUGCAGGAGCAUAAAGAGAAGGAGGAAAGUGCAAGACGGAGUAAGCAGGUGACUUUCACUCUGCCGGCUACUAUGAAGGCGUUGGGUCAUGGCAUUCCCGUCGUCAACGUCCAAUCCACCCACGAUGGCACCAUCAUAACAGUGCAAGAAGAUGGUGCUGUUUGCUUCUGGAACCCUGAACUUAAAGCCCAGAGGACCAAACACAUAUUUAAUGAAGGGCCUGCCAGUAGGAAGUCAAAGUGGGCAAGUGAUUUCACUGUGAUGACAGAGUACAACAAGCUGAUGAUUGGAACAGGGGACAGGGAGAUCCAGCUUUAUGAGCUCUCCACUCUGGAGCCUUAUUGCCAGAUCAAUGCACUAGACACAGUGCCUCUGACAUUAGACUAUGGCUACACUGGUCCUGAUAAAUGUUGUAUUCUGUAUGGAGAUGCUGAGGGAUGUGUGACUAUCAUUUUAAUAUCCUCUGUUGGAGAUACCCUCAGAUUAUGGAAUAAAUUACCCAAGGUUGGAAACAUACCCAACAUAGUGAUUGACAACGCAGUGGUUUCUCCAAAUGUGACCUUUGUCAGAUGGAAGGUUCAUCAUGACUGGGUGACACAGGCAAAAUAUUUUCAAAGUUUCCAAGCUGUUGUCUCCUCCUCAAAUGAAGAAUCUUCUUCUCUCGUUAUCGGCUGUGUGCUGCCUUUAACGGACGCUGAGCAGCAGCUGAGCGAGAUCAGGGAAGCCUGCUACGAAGGUAAGACCAAGAGGGUCCAACUGAGCUGGACUCCACAGGUCCGUGCAUCCUGUGAUCAGAGAGUUUUCACAAUUCACAAAGGUGUCAAGACCUUUGACCUUUGUCCGAAGCACAGCUUGUUGGUCACUGGGGGCAUGGACAGACUCAUACGAAUGUGGAACCCUCAUUUUUCUGGGAAACCAACUGGUAUUUUGAAAGGCCAUUCUGCUCCCAUCUUCUACGUCUGCAUCUCCUCAGAGGACAGUCAGAUCUUCUCUGUCUCCGUAGACAGCACUGUGAAAAUCUGGGAUAUUCAAGACCAGUGCUGCCUGUUUACUGCAGAACCCAAAGCAAGCGGGAUUCAUGGUGACAUAUCUGCAUGCUCUUAUUCGUCUGCUAUGAAAUCCCUUUUCAUAGCAGCAGACUGUAUGGCUGUGCUCUCCCUAAAGAUAAGGCCACAAUUUUGCAGCCGCAUGAUUGUUUCACAUAACGAGCCCGUAAUGUGCUGUGGCUACACUGAGGAGUUUCGUCAAGUUGUCAGCUGCACUGAAGGAUCUGUGGUAAAAGUCUGGGAUUUUGACACUGGCUGUCAGGUUUUUGAGUUUGGUGGCACUCGUGAUCUGUCUGCUAUCACAUGCAUGACAUUUGACUCCAAUGGGAGGAGACUCAUCACAGGUGGAAGAGAUGGAUGUUUAAAGAUCUGGAACUUCAACAAUGGUCAGUGUCUAAAGACACUGAAGAAGGAUGGUGAAUGUCAGGAGGUGUGCGACUGCAUCUUUCUGAAAGUUCACAGGAAUUGCUACGUGAUGUCUGUCGGGCGGGACAGGAAGAUUGACAUUUACUCAGACAUCCCUGAGGACCUUCAUCACGCCCAGAAGCCGCAGCCUUCGUGGCAGGAUGAUCUGAAAAAUGGCCAUAAUGAGGACAUCCUUUGUGUGGUGCAGUGUCCCCCAUCUCUCCUGGCCACCAGCAGUUAUGAUGGAGAGAUUAUUGUGUGGAAUGUGAUUUCUGGACGUAUACAGUGUCGGUUUGUCAGCCCUCAUUCAACUGAACACCAAGAUGCUGAAGGACUGGAUACAAGUGUUCCAAGCAUCAUUUUCCUGAAGAACCCCAAGUUACAGCAGUUUUCCUCGGCUACAGCUCUCCUGUCUUCUGGGCCCAUGGGUUGUGUAAAUAUCUGGAAUGUGUUCGGUGGAGGAAAAUUUGUGAGCAGUUUCAAGGCAUCAAGAUUCCAACAAAAGAUUACAAAAUUGGCUAAAACAGACAUGGACACACUGUUGUACGCUGCUGACCGAAUUGGUUACAUCUACGUUUACAACAUGAAUAACUUCGCCCCUGAGCAAAAAUCACCAAGAGCUGAAAACUUCUGGCGUGCCCACACCAGCAAAGUUACUGGCCUGCAGAUUGUUGACAAUGAUCAAGUGGUGCUUACCUCAUCCACAGACUACACUGUGCGCCUUUGGAGUACACGUGGGGAAUUCAUAGGGACCUUUGGGCAGACUGAAAGCUGGAGCAUCCACAUCUCAUCUUCCUGGAAGCAUCCUGCUGUCCCCUAUGAGGUUCUGAUUCACCCUCUGAGUAUGCCAGGUCAUGAAAUUCUGAAUGUAACAACACACGUUUCUGAUGCAAUCAAUCCUGACAAGACUGAGAAUGAUGGAGGGGAGCUAAAGUCAGAGACACACAGUAAGUUGAGACUUCCUCCAACAUCCAUCAGUGACACAGACAUUGAGGAAAUUAAAAGCACGUUUUACCCAGAGAACAUGAGACAGGACUCCAUCGUGAAAUUGUCAGGCAUACUAACAAGCUAUUGA